UAAAUUUUGGUACUAAAAAUAUAUCUAGACUAGGAGUACUAAAUUAUAAUGGCUACGUGGACAUCAACAUCAUCGUCAUCAUCUUCUGUUUCAAACAACUCUAUUUUCUCAUGCUUUUCUAUCCCUCCCGUCUUUUCUCAGAUCUGCCGGAGAAACUUCACCCCCUUCGCCGGACCUCGCAAAAAGCGCCGCCGCCCCCCGCCGGAAAACAUGUCCGUCACCGUUCCUAUUUCCCCGCCGGCGCCCCUUCUCUACGAUGACGAUGAGCCUUUUCUGGAUUUCACAACUCGGAAUAGGGAUUUAAUGACUGGACAAGUUGAAGUAGAUGAUACCACUCCCAGUAAAAAUUUUCCACGCAGGAAAAAAUAUUCUCUCGGCCCUGUAAAAUGCUUUGGUGUGGAAUUGACCCCGGAUAACAUUGCAGUUGCUAUGGUGUAUUUUGUCCAAGGCGUCUUAGGGUUGUCAAGGCUUGCUGUUGGCUUUUACUUGAAAGAUGAUCUGCAUCUAGAUCCUGCAGAGACAGCCGUGAUAUCCGGGUUCUCGUCAUUGCCAUGGCUUAUCAAGCCUAUAUACGGGUUUAUCAGUGAUUCAGUCCCACUAUUUGGAUAUCGCCGAAGGUCAUACCUGAUUUUGUCAGGACUUUUAGGAGCCUUAUCCUGGAGUCUGAUGGCAACCCUUGUUGAUGGAAAGUAUGCUGCUGCUUUUUCAAUACUCAUGGGGUCUCUCUCUGUUGCCUUCUCAGAUGUCGUUGUAGAUUCAAUGGUUGUAGAGAGGGCUCGUGGUGAGUCACAAAGCAUGUCAGGAUCUCUUCAGUCAUUAUGUUGGGGUUCGUCUGCUUUUGGUGGAAUUGUGAGUGCGUACUUCAGUGGAUCUUUAGUCGAAGCUUAUGGUGUCAGGUUUGUCUUUGGUGUUACUGCAUUGCUUCCGUUGUUGACAUCAGCAGUUGCAGUACUUGUAAAAGAGCAGCCUGUGAUUGCCUCAGCAUGGAGACAGAAUAAUAGUCUGGCUGAUCCAGGCUUUCUUGAUACCUUCAAAACUAGCAUUGUGGAGUUGUGGAAAGCUGUCAGGCAACGAAGUGUAUUCCUUCCAACUCUGUUUAUCUUUCUGUGGCAGGCCACACCCCAUUCGGAAUCAGCCAUGUUUUACUUUACCACAAAUAAACUUGGUUUCACCCCAGAGUUCUUAGGACGAGUCAAGCUUGUUACUUCAGUCGCUUCUCUUCUGGGUGUUGGACUAUAUAAUGGUUUCCUGAAAAAUGUUCCAUUGCGGAAAAUAUUUCUCAUAACAACUGUUUUUGGAACGGCUCUUGGGUUGACCCAGGUAUUUCUUGUAAUGGGAAUAAAUCGGCAAUUCGGCAUAAGCGAUGAAUGGUUUGCAAUUGGGGAUUCGUUGAUUAUUACAGUUCUUGGCCAAGCUUCGUUUAUGCCCGUGCUUGUGCUAGCAGCGAGAUUAUGCCCAGAGGGGAUGGAAGCAACACUUUUUGCAACUCUUAUGUCUGUAUCCAAUGGAGGGAGUGUUCUAGGAGGUCUGCUUGGCGCUGGUCUUACUCAGUAUUUGGGUGUUACAAAGGACAGGUUUGACAACUUGGCCUUACUGCUAAUUCUUUGCAAUUUGAGCUCCUUGUUACCUUUACCGCUACUCGGCCUCCUUCCACGUGAUAAUUCUGAUGCAAAUUCAAAGGUGAGUAAUGAUAUCGCGAUAAAAUCUAACUGAAUAGUGGCUCCUGUCUGCAACUGAGGCUAAGUUGUAUACGUAAUGCUAAAAACAGACUUGAAAUACAAUGAGUCAGAGAAAAAGGAAGAUGGAGAAUGUAGAAUAUCUCACAGCUUUAUGGAAAAAAGGUGAUUUUCAAGAGAAACAAAGAAGAGAUACUGUUGUAAAUAUUCAACCUAGUUUUAAAGUUAAGGAUGCCAGUUCCACACUACCUGUUGACUAAGGAUGUAGUUGUACAAGAGUCAGCUACUAUCCUAGAGAUAGAAUUUGUCGAGACUCGUGUAGGCCAUCACUUGUAAAUGAUAUAACAUCACAAAGUUAUAAUACCUACAACAUUUAUUUUUGUUUC